AUGUGUGACGACUCCAUUAAAAUCGCCGCAAAGCCAAUACUAAAGAAAGUAAUCCCUGAAAAUGAACCAGAUGAUGACACAUGUGCAACCUUUAUAAUACAAGAUGAGGAUCACACCCUGGGAAAUGCACUUACACAUGUCCUCAGUGUUCAGCCAGGGGUUGAGAUGUAUGGGUAUGUCAUGCCCCAUCCUUCAGAGAGAGAAAUCCACGUCAAUGUUCAAACCAAAAAAGAUUUUUCGGCUAAUGAUACAUUCAGGAAGGCUGUGACUGAUUUGAGAGAUAUUGCCUCCGUGAUCCUCGAAAGAUUUGAUGAGGCUGUGGAAAAAAUGCCCUGCGAAACUAAUACUAAUCUUGAUGAGAUGUAUGACAAUCUUCGUGAUAUUCUCAUGGAUGCCCAUAUUAAGCCUUCUUGA